UGAUGAUUUUAUUGGUUUGGUGACGUGGCAGGGGACGGUGAGUUUGCGGUGGCGAUAGGGCGGCGAAUGGCGGUAACACGGUGGUUUUGGAUGAAUUAGAGACAUUUUCCGGUGGAAAUUUAACAGUUGGAAGGGGAUGGUGAGUUUGUGGUGGUGAUGGGGCGCGAAGGGGCGUGAUACGGCUGUUUCAGGUGAAUUAGAAACAUUUUCCAUUGUAAACUACACAAUUAGUAGAAGGUAAUUUGCGCGCUUACGUGGCAGUUGCUCCCCUUAUUACAUGGCAGUUGCUCCUCAAGAAAAUGUUUUUCUAUUUUCUCUUGUUUGGUUGCACUUAAGAUCUUGGAAAAUAUUUUUUUAUUUUCCUCAAAAUAGGAGAAAAUAUUUUUCAUAAAAAUUUGAGGGAAAAACAUUUUUUUAUCUUCUUUUCUAUUUCUAUUAUUCCCGUUUUUCUUCUUUGUCAACACUUUAAAUGUGAAGAGAGGACGAACAAUAGCAAUGCAAAUUUGUACCAAAAGUUAUUUUAAUGCUCCUACACAUAACUUGUUCUCUUUUGACUUUUCACGUUCUUUGAAAAUUAAUAAAUAAAGUAUAUAUUUUAUCAUAAUAUCCAUAUUUAUUGGUAUAUAGUCUCAAUAGCCUCAGAAAAUGAUUUAAAAAUGAAUAAUUAAUGUGAGAGGUAAAAUAAGAAGAAGAUUUUUUUUUCCGUGAUUUUUUUCCUUGAUAUGUUAACGUCGACAAGUAAAAGUAAAGGGAGGGAGUGACAUUUAUCCCCGUUUUCCUUCAUUGUCAAUACUUUACUUAUUUACUCUCUUUUGUAGUCUCUGAUUAUUAUUUCUUCACAUUUAUAAAAUGUAUUACUUUAUAUUUUCAUUUCAAAAUUAAAAUUUGGUGAUUAAUGAUAUAACAUAUAUCUUUCUAAUUUUGAUUUCUUUGUAACAAUUAAUAUUAAUUUAAUAAAAAUAUUUUAAUCCAAUAUAUACAACAAAAUGGUUCUUAUUUUUGGAUCUGAACAGUUAUGUCGGUAUACAUAUAAAAUAUUGAAGAAUUUAAAAGAAAAAAUUUAUUUUCCCUCAUAUUCUUACUAAUUUUCGUUUACAUCAAUGAACAACUUUCAUUGUCAUGAUAAUGAUAAAAAGGUCCGACUCUUUCCAUCUCAAAAACUUUUAAUUACAACUAAAGUGAUAGUACAUAAAAUACAUUUUGUAUAUAUAAUAACAAUUAGAAUGUUUUUAAAAGUUAUUUCCAAAAUAUAAAUCUUAAAGACUGGCUAAUUAAAGCGAAUAGACAUGUUCGGCCCGUGCAUCGCACGGGCAUGUGUUGCUAGUAUAUAUGAGAGGAGUGGAUUGAGCUAAAUUAUAAAGCACAUGUGCAGCUUACUAAAGUUUGGGUUGGCCACUAAUUCAAUUGUAAUAAUGAAAAAUAAAAACAAAAUUAUUGUAGAUAAUACAUGGAGAUAUACACAUUAAUGUCUACAUUUAGUUUUAUACAUUUAUUUCUGCCAAGGAAAAGAAUUUUUUAUGCACUAAAAUUAAAAUUAACAUCCUAAUAAGCAUAAAACUGUAUGUUGAAAAGAAAAAAAAAAUGAAUUUCGGAGAAAGGGGAAAAUAGAAAGAGGAAUAAGAAUAUAUCGACUUGAUAUCAAAAUAAAAAAAAAAAAAAAAAUUCUCUUAAUAAACCUUAACUUUCUACAAAUCGAAAUGUUAUAAAAAUGAAUACAGAAUAUUAUAAGUUCAUAUCAGAAACUUAAUUACUAACUUUUAAAUAAAAAUAAUAAGUCAAUAUCACAUAAAAAGGUUUGAAGAUAUCAAGUUGUACCGCUUCAACAUCUGGCGAUAAUAUCUCCUUAUAUUAAGUUUUACCCGUGACUUAGUUUUAAACAAACCCACAAGAUCUGCAUGCAUGCUCUCAUUUUCUGUAAAACUGGUAAUUGUUAAAAAAUGAAUGAUUUGAUGGAAAAAUCAUCAAAAAACCCCAAGUUAUUAGGUACAAGUGAAGGGAUUGAUAGAAUAAGCUAUUUGCCAGAUGAUAUACUCCAUAAUAUACUUGCAUGUCUAGAUAUUUUUGAUGUGGUUCACUUAAGCAUUUUGUCUAAAAGAUGGAACUAUAUAUGGAGUACAAUGCCUUACUUGUAUUUCGAUAUUUUUCGCUUUGGUAAUGAACGGAUUAAUCGGCCUAAGGACUGCGAAAUGGUUAAGACAUUCAAUGAUUUUAUCAAUUGGAUCUUAAUUACCCAAUGCGUGGAAAAUCUUGUUUGCUUUAAGCUCUGUUGUGGCAAUCUUUUUGAUGAGGGGGCUAUUUUCCGUUGGAUUCGUGUUGCAACACGUCGAAAUGUUCAAGAACUUGUGUUAAGGUUUGAUCCUGCUGAGACAUUUGAGUUGCCAUAUUGUGUUGCGAUUAGUGAGUCUUUACGAGUUUUGAAAUUACGGCUUGAUGGGGCGAUACUUAAGCUGCCUAAUCAUAUGGGAUUUUCCCAGCUCAAAUUGCUUCAUCUUGAGGAAGUUGAGUUAUCAAAUGAGCACUUGACGAGUUGCCUGUUCUCAAAAUGUCCUGUUCUAGAAAAAUUGAUACUGGAAGAGUGUAUUCUUGAAACUAUGACUGUGCUUGAUAUUGCUUCGACGUCUUUGGUUUAUGUGGCUAUAAAAUCUGAUGUUAAAGAUGGAGAAAUUUACAGAAAUUGUAAUGUCAAAAUUUCUUGCCCGAAUCUCAAGGUCUUGAAAUAUGGUGCUCCAAUUGCAAAGGAUAUAGUUCUAGAGAAUCUCUUCUCUAUAGAAGUUGUUCACAUUGUCUUUGUUAAUCCGUGUGGCCCAGUAGAAGAACUUGGCAGGCUUGUCCAUAAGAUGAUCAAGAAUGUUCCUUCUACAUCAGCUUUGAAAUUAUGCAUCAAUUCCAUUUCAGGUCUGCAUAGUGUAUCUCGUGAAGUAAGAAACUUUCCAGUCACGUUUUAUAACCUCAAGUCCUUAAAAUUGACAGUGGGAAUUGAUGAAUCCUGGAUGCAAGUCAUGAUGCUAUUGCUCAAGUAUUCUCCUAAUUUAGAGAUUCUUAAUUUGUUUUCUCAUGAGAAUUUUGACUGGGAUAAGAACCGGAAGAUGCAUGACCCUAGUGAAGGCAUUGUGUGUUUGGAAUCUCAUCUAAAGUUGAUUAAGUUGACUGAUUUCAUGUAUGAAGAAAAUGAGAUGGAGCUACUAAGGUUUUUCCUGAAGAAUGCACAGGUAUUGGAAAAACUAAUAAUUGUUUGGGCUGACAAUGCUGACAUAUCAGAAGAGGCAUCAGAGGAGGUUUUAAAGUGUCCAAGAACUUCUUCGCAUGUUGUUGUGACAUUUCUUGAUUUCAAACCCAAACCAAGUUCUCCUUACCGGUACAAUAUGGUUUAAAGAGGUUUUGAUUGUUAGAAGCUAUGUUGGAUCCUCAAAAAACGUACUACUUUUGGAAGAUCCGACACGCAUCUGACUACAUUUUUUGAAUGACGUACCCUUUUUGAGAGGUAUUCUCUUUAAAACUAGACUGUAUGAGCAGCCACCUGACACCUUAAGUUUAUGAAUAUCUACUACUGUUUUGCCUUUUCAAAGAGCAUAGAAAGUUCAGCUGGACAACCCUCAAUGAAGCAUGUUUGACUCAUCACUCAGGACAAAGAAAUGUUCAAUUUGUCAACAGAUGUUACAUGCGUCUCCAAGAUUUAUAAAGUAUCAGUCAUCUGCACUGAACGGUAGUUGUUGACCUUAUAAACAUGUUCUAUUCUAUUCUUGGACUCGCUUGGGUCAUGCCACACACAAUUAAAGACACAUAUGAAUGCUGGUGCUUAUGAAGAGUUUCGUAAAGCUAUGAAGAAGAUCUGGAUGUCCCUCCAAGUAUUUGUGGUGCGUUUGGACAGAAAGGAAUUGCAGACGCUUUGAUGGGAUUUCGACUCCAAAACACUUCCUAAAAGCUAGAUUUUUGUGUGACUUAUUUAGCUUGAGCAACUUAAGCCCGGUAAAUUGGGCUGAUCAAAUUUUAGACUUUGUUAGCUCCCUAGUCCUAGCAUAGUCACUUAUGUUGGAGCUAACACGACCUCUUUUGUAACUUCUGCAUCUUCCGUUACUUCAUUAAAUAGUAUGGAUAAUUUUUCUUUGCUCGAAA